UACAAUUGGAAAAAAGAAGAAAAUAUAUUAUAUAAUCAAUAUUAUCCUGCGGCUCUUGAUUCGCGCAUAAGCUGAUGGAUAUUAUAUACCAAAGAUGAGUAUCAUCAUCAUCAUCAUCAUACAUCAAAUUUAUCAUAUAGCUUUAUAAAUUCAGUCGCGAGGUUAUGGUGGGUAAAUCAACUUGGUGCUCGAUUAAUAAUCGAGCUGGUGUUUAUUUAAAAGCUAAAUAAUUAUUUUUAUUGAUAGAGAAAAAUUUUUAAAGACAUACAUUUGUUUCGAGGUGGACGAGGUGUCAUAGGUGUGACUGACAAGUGUAUAGUUUAAUUUUUAUUCAUUUAAAAAGACAAAAAUAUAUUGUAAUCAUGUUUGAGGGUGCGGUGGCAGCAUUUCUCAAUCGUCUACUGGGAAGAUAUGUCGAGGAUCUUGACACUGAACAAUUUAAUGUUGGAAUAUUUUCCGGUGAAACGUACCUGACUGAUCUCAAGCUGAGACCAGAAGCAUUGUAUCAACUUGGAUUACCAAUUAGAAUCGAAAUUGGUAUUAUUGGAAAAGUGUCAUUAAAGAUACCAUGGGCAAGCCUAUUUUCACAGCCAAUUAUAUUAUGUGUAGAGGAUAUUUAUAUUGUGGCUGUGCCAGGAAUGUCGGGAAAUUACGACGAAGAAAUACAAAAAAGAUUAAUGAGAUCAGCAAAAAGAAAAAUUCUUGAAGAGCUAGAGGGUGAUGGUUUAUUUAAAACUGGUCUACCAUCUGGAUUAUUUGAUGGACUUAAAGCAUCACUAGUAAAAAAUUUUCAUAUAACAAUAAAUAAUGUUCACAUAAGAUAUGAAGAAACAUUUUCAAAUAAAACAAAAAUAUCAUGUGGUCUUUGUAUACAAAGUUUUUCAAUGUCAACAACAAAUAAUAAAUGGAAACCAGGUACAACACCAACAGCAUCAACAUCAAUAUAUCAAUUAAUAAGAAUUGAAUCAUUAAGUAUAUAUUUAAAUCCAAAUGGUACACCAUCAUUACCAGUAUAUCCUCGUAAUUGGGAUUUUACAAAUUUAAUAACUUGGAAAGAAAUAAUGCAUCGUUCAUUAAAAACAUUAACAAUAAAUAAUGAAGAAUUUAAAUUUAUAAUAAAACCAUUUACAACAAAAAUAAAAGUCAUUGCAACACAAAAUACAAAUGGACAAGUAUCAAGAAUGCUUGUUGAUUUUGUAUUACCAGAUGUAUCAAUACAAAUAUCAGAAGAACAAUUUACAAUAUUUUGUGCACUAUGGGAAUCAUUACAACAAGGAUCAAUUGAAAAAACUCGUUUAAUGCAAAAAUGUCAUCCUGUUGUUAAGGUCAAAGAAAAUCCAAAAGAAUGGUGGAAGUACGCAUGUACAGCUAUACUUGAACAAAAUAUACGUCCAUAUACAUGGAGCUAUUUAAAUAAUCAUAGAAAAAAUUAUAAAAUAUAUAAAGAUACAUUUAUGCAAACAUUAUUAAGACCAAAUGAUACUGAGUUAAAAUUAGAUUUACAAAAAUAUGAAGAUUGUUUGACAAUAUUAAAUAUUAUUAUUGGACGUGAAGAUGCUAAAAUUGAACUUAAAAAAAAACAACCAGAAUGUGUUAGUGUUGAAUCAAAAAGAUCAUCAAUUAAAUUAAUUGUUAAUUGUGAAAAAUUACAAGAAUUAUCUGGUGUACCAUUAAGUCCAAAACCAAAUAGUAUUGAUGAAAAAUUUAAACUUGAUACAUUACCAAAAUAUAUUGAAAAAAAAUAUAAUUUUACAUUGGCUAAUUUAUCAUUUACAUUAUUAUCAAAUGAACGUGAAAUUUUUUUAAUAACAAUAUCACAAUUUCUUACUAGUAUUGAAACAAGACCAGAAUUAUCAGCCUAUAAAUUAUCAGCAAGAGCUGAAAGUUUUGUUAUUGAGGGUGUAUCAAUUGAUAAUGAUUUAAUACCACUUGUAACUGCUGAUAAUAUAUUAACUGGUAAUGCAGCUGUUAAUUUUUUGGCAAUUGAUUUUGAAAAAAAUCCAUUAAACGCUGAUUUUAAUUAUGAUAUUAAUGUUAGACUUGAAUCAUUUGAAGUAACUUAUCAUAAUUAUGCUAUUAAAGAAUUAUUAUUAUUUUUUCAACGUAAUAUAACAAAAGUACAACAUUUAGCAUGGAGUUUACAAAAAUUAUAUGGACGUACUGAAGAAAAAAUUGCUGGUAUAUUAUGUUUAAUAAUUAGUAGAAGAAUGAGAAUUAAUUUAAAACUUGAUAUUAAAGGACCAUAUAUUGUAUUUCCUGAUCGUGGAACAAUGCAACAAGGUGGUAAUAUAUUAAUUAUGGAUUUUGGAAGAAUGAUAUUUAAAACAGAGCUACAACCAAUUGAGGUACAACUUGAAGAUGCAACAUUAAUGGAAUUAGAAGAAUUAUUAUAUGAUAGAAUACAUAUUGUUAUAAGUGAUUGUCAAGUAUUAAUAUGUCAUUCAGGUGAUGAUUGGCGUGAAUCACGUAAAUUAAAAGAUUCAGAUUGUCAUAUUGUACCAAAAAUUCAAUCAAAUAUAACAAUAUCAUUUAGUAUUAAACCAGAAUAUCGUUUAUUACCAAGACUUAAAUUAAAUAUUUCAAUAUCAACAUUAAAGUUAAAUAUAUCAAAACAUAAAUUAUUAUGUUUAAAUGAUUUUAUGAAUUUAAUGGCUAUUCCAAAACCUUGUGAUAUUGAAAAAUUUCGUAUUAAUUUAAUGAAAAUAAAAGAGGAUGUUAGUCAAUGUCAGCCAUUAUCAUCAUAUGAAUUAUUUCGUGUUAGAACAAUUGUUGCACUUUCAUCAUUUGUCAUGUGUAGAGAAAAAUCUGAAUACAAUGAUAUUUUAUUAUUAUCAACAUCAUCAUCAACAGCAGGAGCAGGAGCAAUGUUAAAUGACACAGAUAAAAGUAUUGUAUCAUCAUCAGAAUUUAGUGAAGAAGAUUUAGAACACUGGAUAAGAUCUGUAAAUUAUUCUGGUUUUGAUGAUAAUAUAUCACCACAUAAUAAUGUUAAUUUGCUAUUAAGAAUAAUGAUUGGUGAGUUAUCAUUACAUGCUAGUCAUACUAGUAAUGGACGUGAAAAACCAUAUUUAAUAUUACGUUUAUGUACAUUAUAUCUUGAAUCAGCAAUAAUGGAAUAUGGUCCAGCAUUACAAUUUGGUGUUGGUACAAUUGUACUUGCUGAUAAAACAAAUGCUGGUAUAACUGGUUCAUAUCUUGAAUUAAUAUCAACUGAUGGAACAUAUGAUGUUAUUGGUAUAUCAUAUAGAAAAGUUAAAGCAAAUUGUCCUGAUUUUAAAACACAUUUUAAAAGUAUUGAACAAUCAUUAGUUGUUAAUAUACAAAAUUUUAAUAUUGUAUUUCAUCGUCAAGCAUUUUUAAAAUUAAAAGAUUAUUAUGAAGAUUUAAUAUGUAUACCAUUUACAAAUGAACUACCAGAUAUUAUUGAAAUAACAAAAUAUAUUAUUAAUUUAUUUAAAAAACGUGAUUUUGAUCCACCAGUACCACCUGGUGCAAUUAAAUUAAGUUAUUCAGCACGUUUAAAUACAUUUAUAUUACGUUUAUGUACAAAAGAUACUGAUUUAUUGGAAAUUAAAUUAAAUGGUAUUGAAAGUGAUUGUAUUUAUAAUGCAAAUGAAAGAAUGAUAUUACGAAUAUAUUUACGUAAUUUAACAAUUGAUGAUUUAAGUGAUAUAACACUUUAUAAUAAAAUACUAACAACUGAUGAUGAUAAAGUAUUUGAUUUAAAAUACAUACGUCAUUCACCAAAGCUAUAUUCAGUAUCUGAUAUUAUAACAUCAUCAAAUAAUAAUAAUAAUAAUAUUAAAUCAGAUGGUAAUUUUAAAUUAACAUUUGGUAAAAUUAAUGUAAUUUUAUUAUCAGAAAUAUUUCGUGAUUGUCGUCAUUUUGUUCAUCCAUUUGUUAGUUUAAUUAAAUCAUUAUUACCAAUUGAUGCAUCAUUAUUAUUCUUGAAUUGGAGCAUUGAAGAAUUAAGAAAAACAUCAACUAAAUUGAGAUUAAUGAUUGACAUACAAGCACCAACAUUAUUAUUUCCACAAAAAAGAGAUUCACCAAAUGUAUUUGUACUUGAUUUGGGUAUAUUGAAUAUUGAAAACUUUUUUAAAUAUAAUGAUAAUAUGAAAAUUGUUUAUGAUGAUGAUGAUAAUGAAAUAUAUAAACAAACAACAAUUAUUGAUAAUAUAUUAAUUAAAUUUUCAUCAAUGACAAUAUCAAGAGCGAUUAUGACACUUUCUGGUGUUUUAAAAAUUCAAGAACCAAUUGUUGAACCAGUUCAAAUACGUUUAGAUAUCAAAAGGAAUAUUGAAUGUAGAAGUCAAGUUGGAAUUAAAAUUUAUGGUCUUUGUGAAAUACAAGGCUCUGUUGAUAUGCUAUUAAUUAACUUGAGUCAAAAAGAUCUUGCUGUUAUUUUAAAUAUAUGGGAGGAUAAUAUUUCGAAAAUUAUAUCAAUGCAUCAAAGAAACGUUACUGUUGAUGGAUCAUUUGAAGAUGAUAUUGUUGAUAAAAAAAUACAUACUGAUGAUGCAGCUGUUAAAAAACUUGAAGUGUUUUUUACUCAUGAUGAACAUCCUGUUUGUGAAGUUAAUAUAAAAAUGAGCUUUGAUGGAUUGCAGUUUAAUUUAUUCACUGAUUCUGAUGAGGUACUGAGCUCACCAGUACGUGAUUUAAACAACGGACUUGGAAAAUUAAGUAUCGGAGAAAUGGUAUUGUCUUUCGAGCUUUUUAGCAAUAAAAGUAUGAGUAUGAAAAUUUCAUUGAGAACAUGUAUUCUUGAAGACACAAGAAAAGAAUCAAUAGUCAUCAGAAAGAUCAUUCAGUCACCAGCAAAAUCAGCUGGUAUUAAUUUUGAAUCAUGUAUAUCAGUGUCUGAACCACCUGUAUUUGAUUUUACAUUUACACAAGCACCAGCUGGUGAUAAAUGUAUUGACAUGCUUAUUGAAGAAACACGUGUUAAUUUAUCAAUACCAUUUUUACUUCAAUUAACAAGAUAUUUUGUUGAUUCACUACCAACUGAGCAAAUUGACAAAGGGGUUGUUAAUGAAGCCUAUGAAAGUGGCAACAAUCAUUCAGGUAAAUUGAGAAUAAGUAGUUUUAGAUCAAUUUCUCAGACAACAACUGAUCUUGAGGAUCAACCAGGAACAUCAGUAUCAAUAAGAAUUCGUAAACCUGAAAUAUUAUUAUUUGGAGAUUUAAAAGCAAGUAAUGCUCAUGCAAUUUUAGUUCAAGCUGAAUUAUCAAUUGAAAGCUCUCGUCAUACUGGUUCAUCAUCAAUUGUUUGUUGUUUAUCAAAUGUAUUAGCUAAAAGUAAAAGCCAAGAACGUUUUCGUCGUCAAGCACCACAAUGGGUUCUUCGUCCAUGUGAUAUUGAAAUUUGUGCCAAAGAAAAUUCACCAGAUGAUAGAGCUCAAAUAACACUUGAUGUUAGUUCAAUUGAUGUACAUUUAUCUGCUGGUACAAUAUAUACAUUUAAUGAAAUUCUAAAUGAUGCUACAGGAAUUAUAAAAAUUAUUGAUGGUAAAUUUGAUAAUAAAAAUGGAUCAUUUGAUUGUAAUUCACAUGUUGAUUUAUGGUCACCAAAAAAAAUAUUUUCAACACCAUGUAAAAAAAAUGGUGAACAUACAAUUGUCAAUCAAAUACAAUCAAUUGAUGAAAAUUCAAAUCAAAUACGUAUAUUUAAUUUACGACCAGUUGGUAUACAUAUUGUACUUGAAAUGGAAGAUACUAUUGAAAGAAUACCAAUGAUUAAAGCUGAAAUUGAAAUUGGUGCAACUGUUAAUUCAAUAAAUGAUAGAUAUCAGCUUGAAUCAAAUUUUAAAAUACAUGCAUUUUGUUAUAAUGCUAGUCGUGGUAGUUGGGAGCCAUUUAUUGAACUAUGUACCAAGGAUGAUGUUGUUUAUUAUCCAUGGGAAUUAACAAUAAAAGCUCAACAAGCUGAAGCACAUGAAUUAAGUUCAUGUUGUCGUCAUUCAUGGAUUCAAAUUAAAAAAUCAACACCUAAAAAAAAAAGAACAGAUAUUUAUACAUAUGAUGAUAAUCAAAGUAAUGAGGAUAUGAUAUUUAUUCGUCCAGAUACAACAUUAACAACAAAAACAAGUUUACCAGAAUAUAAUUUUGAACAAGAUGAAGAUUCUGAUUCAAAUGACGAAGAAGGCUCAGAAAAAUUAGCAAGAAUAUUUAGUCAUUUAUUAACAAAAGAAGACAGUGAUGAUGAUGAUGAAGAUGAUGAUGAUUCUGAUUCAGAUCAUUCAAGUAAAUGUGAAGAUGAAGGUCUUGAAUUAACACCAGAACAUGUUGUUGAAAAUACACGUAAAUUUUCUUAUAGUUCAACAAGAUGUUGUAGUUUUACAAAAACAACAAAUGAUACUGAAUUUUUUCCUGUUAAUGAUAAUAACAAUUAUCAAAAUGAUGAUACAAAAAUUGAAAAUGAUAGUUUAGCAAAUUAUAUAAUAAUAAGUGCUGAUGAUAAAUUAAAUUUUACUGUAACACAAAAUACAAUUGGUAUACUUGAUAUAAUUAUAAAUACAUUUACUAAAAAUCGUACUGGUAUACCAAUAUAUCCAACAAGUGCUGGUAAAAUAAAUUUACAAAAUGGCAUUGGUCAUGCAAGUAAAAUUGAAUUAUUUGCUGAUGAAAAAGAUAAUAAUGAAUGUAUUGGUAAAUUAAUAGCAUCAUGUGAAUAUCGUACAAAUAAUGAUUCACCAAUAAGUGAACCAAGUAGUCCAGACAGUGAAAUAAAUAUGAGUGAACAAUAUAUGGAAUAUGGAUUUAUGAAUAAUGAUGAUAACAACAAUAAUAAUACUGUUGGUAAUUAUGAAAAUAAUUUAAAUACACCAGUUGUAUUUCCUGAUGAUUCACCAAUGCAUAUUUAUAAUAGUAUGACAGAAGAAAGUUUACGUAUACAUAUUGAUAAUUUUGAUGAUUCAAUAAUAUAUUGUCCAAAAUGGUAUGGUUAUAAAUUAAUACCAUUACGUCCAAUGCGUAAUGAAAUAAGAUAUCAUUUAGUUGUUGAAGUUACAACAGAUCAUCAUCUUCAUCGUACAAUAACAGUACGUUCACCAUUACAAAUACGUAAUGAAACAUCAUAUGCACUUGGUUUAUAUUAUAAAAAAAAUCAAUGUAAUAAUGUUGAUUUAAAAAAUUUUGGUGAAGCAUUAAAUCCAUUUGAUGAUAAUAUAAAAAUUUGUAUUAUUGAACCACAUGAUACAUAUAAUGUACCAAUGUAUAUAACUUAUCAUUAUUCAAUUCACAUAAUGCCAGUACAUUUUGAAGGUUUUAAAGUUAGUGAAAGAGGUAUUUAUUGGAAAGAUUCAAGUGAACAUAUUAAUACACCAAGGGAUAUAUAUUGUUAUGGUAAAAAUGAUGAUGUACAAUCAUUAUUUUGUGUUAAAAUAGUAUGUAAUGAAAGUAAAAAUUUUGAAAGAACAAAUUGUCAAGUACCACAAUAUUUAAUAAGUAUUGUACCACCAAUAAUAUUUGAUAAUAAAUUACCAUUUGUUGUUGAUAUUAAUGUACCAACAAUUAAUUAUGAUGUUAGAAUUGAACCAGGUGAAAAAAUUAAUGUUUAUACAAUUAAAUGUGAUAAUGAUACAACUGUUAAUUUUAAAAUACAAAAUUAUUUAUCAACACAAUGGUCUGGUACAUUUAAACUUAAUUCUGAUCUUGAAAGAAAAUUAGUUAAAAUGUAUGCUGAUGGUGAAACAGAUAAUAUACCAUUAAGACCACUUGUACUAUGUGUUGAAUUAAAUAAAAAUGGUAGUUGGACUGUUGUUAUUUAUGCUGAAUAUUGGAUUAUAAAUAAAACUGGUUUACCAUUAAAUAUACAAGAAUAUCAAGAAACAAUGUCAAAUAUAAUUGAUAUACCUGGUGAAGAUUUAAUUGUAUUUUCACAAAAAAAAACACCUAAAAAAUUAGUUAUGUUAAAAGUACAUCAAUCAGAUUGGUCAUUACCAUUUGGUCUUGAUGCAAUAAGUUCAAUGUCAUUAAUUGCAUGUAAAGAUAUUGAAAGAAAAAGAAAAUAUAGAAUACUUGCUGAAAUUGCAAAUUCAACAUUAUCACCAAUAUUCACAAGAAUUGUUACAUUUUUACCAUAUUUUUUUGUUAAAAAUAAUACUAAAAGAGCAUUAAGAUUUAUGGAAGAAAAUGAAGAUGCUGAUUUAUGGAAUGAUUUAUUAUCUGGACAAGGUGUUGCAUUUUGGCCUUAUACUGAAUCAAUGAAAAUGAGAGUUAAAUGGAAAUCAAGUCAACUUGUAUCACAACAUUUUGAUGUUACCAAUGUUGGAAGAGUUGUCCUGAGAAUGGAAAAUGGAUCAGCAUUAAUUGUUGAAGUACGUGGUGGUAAUAAUUCACCAUUUCGUAUAACAUUUGAAAAAUAUCAAUCAGGUGAUGCACCAGUUAGAGUUGAUAAUUUAUGUGAUGAUUUAUUUUUAAAAAUGAAUCAAAUUAAUUUAGGUCAAGUUGCACUAUUAAGUCCUUAUCAAAGUGUAUUAUAUACAUGGGAUGAUCCAACUGAAAUUCGUCAACUUGUAUGGAAUGUUUAUAAUAGUAAAAAUAAAGGUUACACUGCACAAUUUUAUACAGAUGGUUAUGGCCAAGAAACAGUGACAUUUAGAACAUUAAAACGUUCACCAUUAAUUCCACAAUCAAAUUCAACAACUAAAAAAUUUACAAAUGAUCCAAAAUUUGCUACAUCAGUUAAUUCAUCAUCAAUAUGUAGUAGUAGUGAUUCAGAUGAUGAUGAUGAUGAUGAUGUUGAUAAUAAUGAACAUAAUGAACAUAAUACUACAACAACAACAACAACAACUGAAAAAGUACAAAAAAAUAAAGCAGUUGUUUAUUGGAUAAGUUAUGCUGAAAAAAAACAACGUGUUCUAAUGUUUACACAAGAUGAAGAAACAUUUUUAAAAGUUAAAAGUAUUGUUGAUCCAGAAAAUAGUAAAAGUGAAAUUUUUUUUGCUCUAGCUGGUAUUGGUUUGAGUAUUGUUGCUGAUUCACAAACACCAAAUAAAAAUAGUAGAGAAUUAGCAUAUGCAAGUAUAACUGAUUCAUCAGCUCAUUGGGAACUUGAUGCUGGUAAACGUUGGAAACCAUUAACUCUAGAAUUAAAUGCAUGGAUGGAAGAUAAAUAUAAAAAUCCAACAAUUCAAAUACAAUCAAAUAAUUUUAUUGAUGUUAAUUUUAAUAAAAUGCAUAUGACUAAACCAUUUUUUGCAAAAUUACGACGUACAUAUUCACCAGGUAUAUGGAUACAUAUUAGAAAAUCAAAUAAUUUAACAUAUGUACAGGGUAAUAUACACAGAAUACAAAUUGAUAAUCAAAUACAUGAUUCAAUAUUUCCAAUAAUAUUAAGACCAGGUACUAAAAAAUGUUUUAAUAAUAAUUUUGGUAUACCAAAAUUAAAACAUUGUAUUGAAUUUUUUAUUUUAAAACAAGCCAAACAAACACAUGAUAUAUAUAAAAAAAUUAAUUUAAUAAUACGUGAAUUUUAUUUAAAUUUACAAGAAGAAUUUUUCAUACGUUUAAUUAAAGAUUUAUUACCUAAAAAACGUAAUGAUACAAAACAUUCAUUAGCAUCAAGAUUAAAAACUGAUUUAUUUAAUGUUUAUGUACCAUUACCAUGUUUAAAUGACAAACAAAAUAUUUAUAAAAAAUCAAAUAUUGUUGAAUUAUUAUAUAUUGCACCAAUUAAAAUACAUGUUAAAUUUUUAGCAUCAGCUGAUGCUAGAAUAAUAAGUCAUGAUCCAACUGAUUAUUGUAGUAUUAUUAGACCAAUAUUUGAGUAUGCUAGUAAAGGUACAUUUUUAAAAAGUGCAGAAUUUCGUUUACCACAUUAUGAAAAAAAUUAUUUAACAAUGGACAAUGAAGAGUGGCUUAUUGAUGCAUGGAAAAAUUUUAAAGAUGAAUUGAGACAUCAAUUUAAUGUAUUAAUAUUGUCAAUGACUGUUUUGGGUAAUCCAUAUAGUUAUAAUUUUAAAUCACCUGGUGAUAGUUUUUAUGAUACUGAUACAUUGAUGAUACAAGGUGAUGAAAUUGCUGAAAAACUAAGUUAUACUGUAUCAUGUCUACUUGGAUAUUCAUGUAUGGAUGGUCUAUUUGCACCAAUAUUAAAUAUUAAUUUAGAUAAUGAUAAUACAAGAGCCAAAGGAAAAGUAUCAAGAUUUGAAAGUACUGAUACACCAUUAUCAGCAUUAACACUUGAUCGUUCAUAUUCAAUUGGUGUUGAAUUAGAAAUGUCAGGUUUAAUUGUUAAACCAAGUGAUAAUACACAUCAAGAAGAAUUAAAAUAUUCACUUAAAGCACUUGGUAAAGGUAUUCUUGAAUUAACUAAACUUGAAGCUGGUAAAUCAUCAUUACGUAUUGAACCUGGUCUUAUUCUUGAUACAAUUAAAAGAGCACAAGAAAUGGGAUAUAAUUAUGUAUCAAGAAUACGUUUUCCACGUUAUAUUAAUCCAUAUUCAGCUGUUGAAUUAUAUUCAACUUAUAAAGCACGUGGAAUGUAUUUAUUAAAUACUGUUAUUAAAAAUGAAUAUCCAAAAGGUGAAACAUACUGGGCACAUGCUGCAUUGUCAAAUGAUGGUAAACAUAUUGCUCUAAUAUCAUUACAAAAAAUAUAUCUUGUUGAAAAAAGAUGUAGUAUAUGGGCAUCUUGGCAUAUUGCUUGGGCAAUUGAAACAAAACAAUUGGAUAAUCCACCGACAAUUGAUGGUAAUAAAUUGAUAUUUCAUGUCAACAAAGCAACACAGAAUCAAAUGUCACAAUCAUCAUCAGACUGGUACUUGGAAUGCAACGAUAUAACAACCCUUGAAUGGCUAAGUAAAAAAAUUAAUACUGCCAUGAUUUUGAACAUGAUUAGUUCAAGAUGUAGAACAACAUAAGUGUCAUUAUAUUAUUUAAUUUAUUUUUUGUUGAAUUUAUUACUAAUAUUAUAUAUAAAAGAAAAAAGAGAUGUUUAAAUGUUGUACAUGUUUUUCAUUGAUUGAAAAAUAUCAAAAGAACAAAAAAAAAAAGAAAUUAUAAUUAUUCAUUUUAAUUAUCAUUAUUAUUAUUAUUAUAAAGUAUAUAAACAUAAAACAAAUUAUUAUAAUUAUAAUUGAAAUUAGACAAAAAGAUACUUUUGGAUAAAGUACAUCUAGUUUAUUUCAUAAUUUAUUUACAAAAAGUCUUAGUAAAUUACACUUACAGGCAUCUCCACUCAAAACUAAAGUAAAUAAUUUAAGAGCUACACGUAUUUAAGAUGUCUAUAUAGAGUAAGGAUACUUUGGGGGCUGGGGAGUAAGCCAAGGUUCAGGGAAAUUGUGUUGUGUUUACAUAUUUAUUAUAAUUAUUAUUAUUAAUAGUUUUUUUUUUUUUUUAUAUAAACCAUCCCGUUUUUUUUUAAAUCAUCCACUCAUUUUUUUGUUUGCUACUUAAUAAACUGCCCCAUGUCAUGCGUGUGAAUAAUUAAUUUUUUAUUUAAUUUAUAAUUUACUUAAAUUUCUUUUUUUAAGGAACAAAAUGAUUUUCAUUUUUUUAUUAAAGUUAUAUAUAAAAAGAAAAAAAAAAAAAAAAAAGAAAUCAAGAAUUAAAUUGAUUGAUUUAUCAACGAGGAAAUUGAGAUUAAUUUAAUGUUGGGCUGAUGAUUAUUAAUUAUUAUUAUUAUUUAUAUUAUUAUUAAUAUUAUACACAAUGAUUUGACGAAUAAUAAACAAAAAAAAAAAACAAUGUUAACGACAAAAAUAUAAAUGUAACAGGUAAUAUUUGUUUAUAUAAUUAUGUUUGAGUAAAAAAAAAAAAAAGAAAAAUAAUAUAAUAUAUAUAUGCGUAUACGUUGUUGCUGGCCAAACGUCUAAUUAUUAUUAAUGUUAUAAUAAAGAUCUUGAAAUGUGUGUUUGUGUGUAUAUAUAAUAUAUAUAAAUAUGUGUUUAUAUAUUUCGAAAUUAAUUAUAUACAUUUUUAUGAACAACAUACAAUGUAUAUAAUUAUUAAAUAUAUUCAAAUAAAAUUUAGAGCUUGGCCCAUUUAUUUUUUCUUCAUUUUGUUUUUUACUACUUUUAUAUUUAUUUAUUUAUAAUUAACCCUUUUUUUUAUUUUUAAAUUACCACUUUGUGUCUGUUUUUAUUUUAUUUGUUUAAAUUAAUUUAAUAUUUAUUUUUUCUUUCGUAGUUAAAAAUUUUUAUUCUAAAGUUUAUUACAAAGCCCAGAAUAAUUUUACAGUAUUCUCAUUUAUUACCUCGUGAUUAUUCUCAUUUCUUUUCUUUUUUUUUUUUUUGUUUUUUUAUUAAUUUUAUAUCGCGAAAAAUUAUAAUUUUAAAAUUGUCUAACAAUUUUUAAUUCAUUCAAUUAAUUAUUAAAGUUUUUUUUUUCCUUUUUUAUUUCGACAAAAAAAGAUAUAAAAUCAUGAUUUUUUUUUAGCUAGAAAUUUUACACACAUUUAACACUUUCAUACAUCAUAAUCUUCAAACAUUCACAUUUUUAUCUAAUUUAUUAAUUUUUUUUUAUUAGAAAAAGUCAAUCACACACGGACAUUCAUUUAUUAUUUUUUUCAUUUUCUAAUUCGACAAACGCGCAAAUAUAACAUGUUAACAAAAAAAAAUUGUUUCUUUUUCUUUUGAAGGAACGAAAUAUAUAUUCAAGACAAGACAAGAUGAUAAAAAAAAAAAAUGAAUGAAAAAAAUAAUGAAAUCUACAAGACAAAUGUUACGAAUUGAAUUAAAAUAAAAAUCGAAAAAAUAAUAACGACAUUGCAAAAAAAAAAAAUUCAUAAUAUUUUUCGUCACAAUAAUUAUAUGCAGAGAUAAUUUUUAUAUUUUUCUUUUUACAGAAAUAAUUAAUAAUUCCCCUGUCGUCGAGACAAAAUAUUUUUUUUUUAAAAAUCCCAUCAUCUACAGAAAACUUUUACAUUUUAUAUUAGUUUUUUUUUUUUUUUUCUAUAUCUUAUUCUAUAUAUUUUUCUACCCCCCUGGUGUGUUUCUUCAGUGUGUAAAUAACGCGAGAUAAUAAACAGACAUACACGAGAACAAUUCACUCAUUUUCGAUCAUUAUAAUUUAUUAAUUCUUUUUAAAAUUGAAAAUUUACGUUUAGCCUCAUUUAGUAAUUCACAAACGCGCAUUUCCCUGGAUGUAGAAUAUAACCCACCCCCUCAAUUUAAUAUUUUUUUUUUCAUAAAUUAUUAUUGUUAAAUAAAACGACACAUUAUCACACAUCGUCAUUUAAACAUUUCACACCUCAGCUGACAUUUAUUAUUAUUAUUUUUUCAUUUUUAAAUUUUUAAACAAUCGUAACAUUUUUUUUUCUUUUAAUGCUCGUCAAUUUGUCCAUCAUCAUCUAGGCAAAAUAACAUUUUAUUAAUAUUAUUAUUUCAUUUUCGCUGUUUUAUUUAAAAAUUUUCAACUUUUAUUAAUUCAUUUAAAUCACUGUUUGCUGCACAUGUGAUUUUUAAAUAUUAAAAAACAAAAAAAAAGAAAAAAAAAAAUCUUUUUUUUAAAUUCAUGCUUGUGUGUGUGGUUUAAUUAAUUUCAUCCCCCUUUUCUCCCACUCGUAAUUUUUAUCUCGUCCCUUUAGUAUUUUAAUAAUUGGUUUUUAUUUUGUUUAUUAUUUUUUAAAUGUGAUUAUUUAAAAAAUCUUUUUGUUAAGGUGAGACUUAGUGGAUAUCUGUGGCCACAAUUAUGUUUAUAUUGACAAAUGUAUUAAUUACAUUUUGUUAAUAUUUGAAUAAGAUUCAAUGGAAGUGUAAUGUUAUCUACAAAAUAUCUUAAUUACUCGCUAAAACAUAUAUAUAAUAUAUUUAUAUAAUAAACAACCAGCUUUCUUUUUGUUUUAAAUUUUUUUUUUUUAUCAUAAUUAUUAAUUUAUUUUGCAGCUUUUUUAUUUUAUGUUUAAAUUAUAUUUUUUAUUUUGCGUGUUAUUAUUUUUCAAUCAACUUGUCAAUAUCCCUAAAAUCAUUAUCCUCGUAUUAAUCAUAUAUUCAUUUUUUUUUUUGCUUUAACUAUAGUCGUCUUUUUAUAUCGCACCACCUUCUACUUCGAUAAUAAAUCAUGUCAUAUUUAUUGGUAUAUAAUAUAUUUCGUCACGUGUAGCUAGUUGAAAAUUUUAUAUUUCAUUUGCUCGAUAUUAUUUUGUAAAUGUCACUCUCUCUC